CCUCCAUCUAUACUCGAUUCUUGUUCCAGCUCUCGGAGCCAGCCUUGAACAUUGCAUUCCACAUGCCGCCAAUUCAACCGGCCUCCAAUCCACUCCCCAGGAUAAUCACCUACUACCAAACCCACCAUGAUUCCGCCAGCAAACCAAUAUCCGUCCUACCACUUCUCACCCAGCCGGGUAUCUCCUUAACUCACGUCAUCUUGGCCGCCAUUCACCUCAACGAAGAUCCCAAUCAUAUCACGCUCAACGAUCAUCCUCCACAUCACCCUCGCUUCGAAACGCUAUGGGCCGAACUCCGUAUUCUCCAGGCCUCUGGGGUUAAAGUUUUGGGUAUGCUUGGCGGAGCGGCCAAAGGGUCAUACAGGCGACUAGACGGCUCUAGCGAGCAAUUUGAAAGAUAUUACGUUCCUCUGCGUAAUAUAAUCCGUGCAAGGGGUCUCGAUGGCCUAGAUCUAGACGUUGAAGAGGACAUGUCAUUGGGCGGCAUUAUCAAUCUCAUCGACCGUUUAAGAAGCGAUUUCGGCAAAGGCUUCAUUAUCACUUUAGCACCCGUUGCUGCUGCCCUCCUGGACCAUAGGAGUAACCUCAGUGGUUUCGAUUACGAGGCCCUGGAGGUCAUGCGCGGCAAGGAAAUCGCAUGGUACAAUACUCAAUUCUACUCUGGUUGGGGUGAUAUGAGCAACCCCAUCAUGUAUGAAAUGAUUCUCCGUAAAGGCUGGUCCGCCGAAAAAGUCGUCGUUGGUCUCAUUACAAAUCCAGAAAAUGGCAAUGGGUUUGUCAUGUGGGAGUUUCUCUCGACUGUCUUGGCUCUGCUUCGAGGACGUCAUGAGCGCUUCGGCGGAGUCAUGGGAUGGGAGUACUUCAAUAGCCUUCCUGGUGGAAGGGAGAGGCCGUGGGAAUGGGCAAAACAGAUGACCUCUAUUUUGAGAAACGACGUUCCUUUGCCGAGCAUCAAUCCUCCACCAAUUAAUGAGGCAACGAAGCCAGUGCUGGAGGCUGAUCAUGAUGCGCCCAACGACAAGCCGAUACAAACUCCUAGCCAAUUCGAUUACUACUCAGACGGAUCAGAUAACUAGGUAGGAAAGGCUCAGGCUUACAUCCGGUUGUCGAAACAUACUUGAUAGUAAAGCAAAAGGCAGAAAGUACAAAGCCGAGUGUGCGAGAUUGGGAAUGAACAUCCGCGAUACGCCGUAGCUCUUUGAGGCAGGGGAAGAAAUGAACAAAAUGGGCUUUUAUUAGAGCAACAUACAUACAUCUAUAGCCUUGAGCAACUAGUGUAAAAAUAUGACUCUCCAUCCUCCUCAGUCAUCUAAAUGGGUGAUUGCGAUACUCUAAGUGAUGGUAACAUGCUGAUGCAUAUACAUGCCGAAAGUUACG